AUGCAAAUGAAUAUUAAAGUGUUUCUUUUGCCCUUAUCCUUAGUUGAAACCGCUGCACCUAUAAAUAUGCAGCCUGCUCACCCAUAUAACCAUAAUAAUGAUCAAGCUAAAUGCAGCAAUUUGUUACAAACUUGUGCUACAGUUUUGUUUCGGUCCGGAUUAGUCCACAAAAGGAUGGAUCAUGCCCACCAUUCUCAUGAUUCACCGUCCCAUUCUAGCAUGCAAUCAAGCGAGCAUUCCAUGGACAUGAAAAUGUACUUUAAUACUGAUCUCCACUACACAUUACUGUUCUCAUCCUGGGUCAUUAAUUCAGUUGGAAAAGCGAUCAUAGCAUGCUUUGGCUCUUUUAUAUUCGCUAUCAUAUAUGAAGCUUUAGAAACAUUACGACAUAAAUUGUUGUUACGGGCAGCAUGUAACAAUCAAUGUGGACGCGGUGAAAAUUCCUACGGUGGUGGUCCAUCAUGUCCAGGUUGCCCAAAUCCAUCGGAUUCCAAUUCCAACAACGGAUAUCUUAAUCCAAAUAAAUCAAAUGAAGAAGUUCAUGUUAACGUUGUAUCGAAUUCGUAUCGUCAGAGACUUCGCACAGUAAUACUACUGGACCCUUUUAACCCAAAUCCUAAUUAUCAUUCGAUUUCUGAAGUGCCAGAACGAUAAUGCUGAGUUAAUACAUGGAAUGCAUCGUAAUUCAUCAUCAUUUGAGGUGAUUGGUACAUGUAUUACGAAUGCCCUACCAAUGACUGCCUCGGAGGGCUAUGAUGCCUGGUGUAGAGGUAGACCGAAAGGAAUCUAGGGGUGGCCAAACCAAAACAUGUCACUGAUCCAUGAAGUCACUGACAACUAAACUAUGCUGUGUUGGUAGGUGUAAACUACCUGGAGUCCGCGAGACAGUCGUAACCGAUGGUUGGAGACCUUGAACGAAAUGGCUCAAAAUUGUUUGCGGUGGUACAGAUGCAUCCAUUCUCUGUUUUUCCUCAAAUUCUAAUUUUCUGAAUUCUUCAUUACCGUUUUAUCCCUUUUCAAAUUUAU